AUGGACUUUUUGAAAACCCUGAAGGAAGAGAUGGAGCGGAAGCGGAAACAAAUAGCUGAGUUUGAAGUGAUGGCAGGUGGAAAAAAGUUUAUAAGAGGUGCUGACGUGGCAGCUAAGCAUGAAGAAGAGUACCGCGAAAAGCAGAAACUCAAACAGGCGGCCAAGGAAGACUCUGUUGAGGAGAGUGCUAGCAAUGCUGGUUCAUCCGGUGAUGGAGAAACACAUUUCGAAGAUUCUGUGAACGACGAAAUCCCAAUGUCUGAGGUUCGCAAACGUUUGAGGGAUCGAGGACAGCCAAUUUGUUUGUUCGGCGAAGACGAGUCACAUAUUCGUGCACGUUUGUUAAAAUUGGAGAUCGAACAACCUGACAUGAAAGAAGGAUGGAAGAACGAGUUGCAGUCAGCAAUGCGCGAUGUAGACGAAGAAUUGGUCAAAGAAGUGAUCGAGGGGUCGUCUGAUAAUCCAAAUAAGCACGACGUCGACCUAUCCUCUUCCUUCAACGACAAUUGGGAAAAAAUUGAAGAACAAGCAACACUUCUUGGCGUUGGGAACGACCCACAUAGAGACUGCGAUAUCAUUUUGUCUUUCUUCAAAUAUCUCAUUACUAGAUGGGGAAAAGAGUUAAAUAGACGAGACGAUGAGGAGAAAAAGAGCCCUGCAGGCAAAUUACAAGCAAGUAUUCACAAGCAGACAGUAAUGAACUUGAAACCUUUGCUGAAUUCGCUGGAAAACCACUCUUGUAAUAACGAUAUCCGCCAUCACUUGACCAACAUCUGUAGAUUGUUAAUUAUCGACAGGAAUUAUAUACUGGCGAACAAUGCUUAUAUGACCAUGGCUAUAGGGAAUGCACCUUGGCCAGUAGGAGUGACGCGAUCAGGUAUUCACCAGCGUCCCGGAUCUGCUAAGGCAUACGUUUCUAAUAUUGCCCACGUGCUAAAUGAUGAAACGCAGCGAAAGUAUAUUCAGUCAUUUAAAAGAUUAAUGACUCGAAUGCAGGAGUAUUUCCCUACAGAUCCUUCAAAAUGUGUGGAAUAUGUUCGCUCAUCGUAA